AUGAUGGUGAUCAGAACUCAUUUCCAAGCCACCGUUAUCAGAUCAUCACCUAUUCAAGAAAGAGAAAACACUCUCAAUCUCAGUGCCCAUGCACUUCCACCUUCAUAUCGGUCACUCAUGACAACUGAUGAUUCAAGGAUUCUUGAUUUCCAUGUUGAUGGCGGUAGGCUAAUCGCAUCCACCCUAGUCCAAGAAAGAUCCCAUCUCUCCAACGGAUCAAUGGAUGACCACAAUCGUGGUUCGGGGCAGAUGAUGGAUGGAACCCAGAUCAAUAUAGAUGUAACUGCAUUGGGGCUAUAA